CAUCAGCAGUCCUCUAGUAGUCUACCAUCAGUCCUUCUGCAGGUCACCAGCAGACCAUCAGCAGUCCUCUAGUAGUCUUCCAUCAGUCCUUUUUCAGGUCACCAUCAGCAGUCCACCAGUACUGAGGACAACCUAGAUCAUACCACAGACCCCUCCUGAAAUGGGUUCCAUAGUGGCGAAGCUCCUAUUACCCACUGUCAGCAGCCUUGCCUUCGUGCCGACCAUCAGUAUAGCUGCCAAAAGGAAGUUCCACAUGGAGGCAAUGGUUUACUUCUUCACCAUGUUUUUCAUUGCGAUGUUUCAUGCCUGUGAAGGUCCCGGCCUAUCCUUCAUAUGUUUCAUGGGAUAUGAUCUUCUGGAAUACUUCAGUAUCUAUGGGACAGCAUUGUCUAUGUGGGUGUCGUUAAUAGCACUUGGUGACUUUGAUGAACCCAAGAGGUCGACCAUUGUCAUGUUUGGUGUCCUCACCAUUGCAGUAAGGAUAUAUCAGGAUCGUCUGGGAUAUGGUGUCUACUCUGGGCCUAUUGGAUCGGCGGUAUUGAUGAUUUCUGUGAAAUGGUUGACAAUAAUGAAGGAGAAGAGAGGCCUAUAUCCAGAGAAAAGUGUCUACACGCAGCAGAUAGGACCAGGGUUCUGCUUUGGAGCACUGGCAUUAAUGCUCCGCUUCUUCUUUGAGGAAUGGGACUACACCUACGUGCACAGCUUCUACCACUGCGCGUUGUCCAUGUCCUUCGUCCUCCUGCUUCCUAAGGUCAACAAAAAAGCAGGGAAUGGAGGAGAUCCAGCCAAGAUGAACUGGUCCACUUUUUGCUGCUGUUCGUGUUAGAGCUUUCCUCAUGAGACCAUCGCUAGUCCUCAAUGGCACCUCCAUGGGCUCACCUGCCAAGUGGCCACCUUAUUGGGAUCAUAGAUGUUCUCCUAUGUGAAUUCUAAAAAGACAAGGACAGCUUAUGAAGUUGGGCUUUAGGUAUAUCCUGUCCAGGACGAGUCAAAGAAGCCCAAUGGAGCAAACUUCCGACUCAAUUUCUUGGACAAAAUAUUCAACAACAAAAAAGCAGCAGUGUUUUAGUAACGCAUCUAUUUUGUACGUUUUUUUUUUUUUUUACUUGAUUAAUGCAAUUUGUACAUUUUAAUUUUAUAUAUAUAUAAUGUUAUGAUGUGUAGAAUACAA